AGACGUAUAUAGUUUAUGCCAAGUGACUGGCCUCUUCAUUUGGCAGGAAACUUUUGUGCUGACAAGAAACCAGCUGCUGUAAAUUGGAUUGAAGGACGAGGAAAGUCGGUGGUUUGUGAGGCAAUAAUAAAGGAGGAGGUAGUGAGGAAGGUGUUGAAAACCAGUGUUGCGAGUCUAGUAGAGCUCAACAUGCUUAAGAAUCUAACUGGAUCAGCAAUGGCUGGCGCCCUUGGUGGUUUCAAUGCUCAUUCCAGUAAUAUUGUAUCUGCAGUUUUCUUAGCAACUGGCCAAGAUCCAGCACAAAAUGUAGAGAGUUCUCACUGCAUCACUAUGAUGGAAGCAGUAAACAACGGAAGAGAUUUGCACGUCUCGGUCACGAUGCCUUCCAUUGAGGUUGGUACUGUUGGAGGUGGAACUCAACUCGCGUCUCAGUCCGCGUGUUUGAAUCUUCUCGGUGUGAAGGGUGCUAACAAAGAAUCUCCAGGAGCAAACUCGAGGCUUUUAGCCACCGUUGUGGCUGGUUCUGUUCUUGCAGGCGAGCUAUCCCUCAUGUCUGCCAUAGCAGCUGGACAACUGGUAAGGAGUCAUAUGAAAUACAAUAGAUCUAGCAGAGACGUAUCGAAACUCGAAUCUUAAACAGGGUGGUAGUAGAUCAAGAAAGGGUGGGAUCUAGUAGAGAUAGAAAUAAAAGGGGAAAAGAUUUGGAUCUUUCUAGUGGAAGUAGCAAAAGCAAAACACAAGGCUUCUGGUUGGUUUGCAUGUGAUAACCAGAGGUCGGCCUAGCUGGGAGGUCCCCAUUGAGGAAGACAUGUAACAUGGUUGGAUAAAGACUCAAUUCUGUGGUUGUUCUUGAGAUAUGGUGUGUGCCCGUGCCCCCCCCCACCCCCCACGAAGAUAUUCGGUGUGUUGUCUGUCGUGUUUAUUUAGCUUCCCGAUGAUUCGAUUGAUUCCGAUUCGAUGCGUUUCUGUUGGUCGACUUGUAGUAGCCGAGGGGGGGUCGGGGUAAUUAUGUUUGUUUUUACUUAUUUAUUAUGUAUGGUGGUGCUUAUAACUUACUUGGUUGUUAUGGUGUAAAAACUGGAGAAUUUGAUUGUGGUUCUAAAUCUCAGUGUAUUUCAAUGCUGUAUGUCUUUGUCUGUA